UCCUUCCAUCUCCUCCUCGUCGUCCUCACUGAUCUUCCUAAGCGCGGGCAAAACCCCUCUCUCCCUCUCUCCUUGGCAAUCGUCAGCAAUGGCGGAGCCAAAGACUGGCAAGAGCAAGUCGUCCAAGUCCAAGAAACACCAGGCCAACGACGACGCGUCCACCAAGAAGGCGGCCAAGGCGAAGGCCGACGCCACGGCCGCGCCCGCCGCGCCGUCGCUGGACGCGCACUUCAAGCCGUGCGCGGACGUGACGGGCCUCCGCUUCGGCGCGCAGCUCGUCACGCGCGCGCUCACCGUGCGCCGCGCCGCGCCGCUCGAGCUGCCGCACCUGCUCCGCAGCAAGCCGCGGCCGCAGCUGUCGUUCGCGCCGACCACGACGGCGUACAUCCCGACCAACUUCGCCAUCCUGGCGCACCACGCGUGGCACACCCUCACGCUCGGCCUCGGCACCAAGAACUCCAAGGCCGCCGUCUUCGUCUUCGAGUCCGCCGCCAUGAAGGCCGCCGCCGACGCCGCCUGGCCGCAGGUCCUGCCGCUCGGGGACGUCGGCAAGCGCCUCCUCCGCGCCGCCCCGGGCGCGCCGGAGAUGGCGCGCUUCAAGUUCCGCAAGGGCUGCGUCACCUUCUACGUCUACGCCGUCCGGACCGCGGGAGCCCGCGGGUUCGCGCGCGCCGAGGAGCUCAGGGCGGUCAUCGAGGCCGUCGCCAAGCUCAAGGACUUCCUCGACCACACCGCCAUGCUCGCGCUCCCGGGACAGAGGAGCAUUGACGCCGCUCCAGUCGGUGCUGUGCAUUGA